GGCGCGCGCCUGCCCGUGCCGGGGCCGAGCGCCGGCAUGGCGACGGCGGCCCCGCCGAUGCCGAUGGUCGAUCCAGACGUCCAGGCGACGAACUGCGGCUGGGCGCUCUACGGCCUGGGCUGGCUCUCGUGCUGCAUCUUCGCACCUCUCGCCCCCAUGCUGUGGGUCGGACCUUCGGGGGAGGGGAAGGUCUGGAUGCCGCUGCUCACCCUUGAGAUGCCGCUGGGCUCGCCUCGAAUCCAUGGUCAGACC